AUGUGCAACAGCGCUGCUCAGGGUGGAUUUCGUACCGACCAGGCCGAGGGCCUUUGUGACCCCCAUGGCCUCUUUGUAUUUAUUUCAGAACUGUUGACGCUGAUUGGCCUCGAUGGCAUCAUCCCAAGACGCUACUGCGUGAGGUCAAAGGGAAGCAUGACGCAAGUCGCACCACGGACUAAGGCCAUGACUGUCUAUCGAUCGGUUCCUGAUCAGGCUCCAUCAAUCAGUAACGAUAGCAAAUCCAUCAUUUGUAUCCCAUGGUCAGCUACCGCGAUUUCCGUGUCAUUGGCCUCUUGUUAGCAAUGCUAGUCAGAGGUGCGAAUCAGCUUAAAACCAACGAAGCGCCAGGUGGAGGAUGUAUUGGAAGCGGUGAACGAAAUUAGGCUAUGGAUCGUCAUGUGUCAACUGUCUGUGGCGGAUGGCUGACGGCUAUAGAUGCUGUCGAAAUUGAGUGGCAAUAUGAGGCCCGACUUAAUAUUGACAGCUUGUGCUGCAACGGACUUGUCAGAUUGAUAUAAGUAGAGCUCCCAUGUCAGGGCGUUCCUGGUCGAUGCAUCAAGGGCAAUCUGGGGACAUGUUAGUUUGGCUUUUGCAGUUCAGGAUGGGACGGGUUUUGGGUGACGUGCAGGAAGGAUAGAAACACCAACCAAUCGGUGGAUCAUAUUGGAGUGACGGGGAUGUGCGCUUGGUCCAGGUCCUGCGUGCCUCUUUGAGACCGGGGGCUUCGAGAUAUCAAUCAUUGUCCAUUCACGAGAAGAGGUUAUGGUGGGUUGACACGAUUGAGACAAGUUUCUUUCAACCGGCAUUUAGAGACCCUGUGUACCUAGUCUCUUACCUUUUCCACGUUACAGGUUCCUGAAUGUCUCUGGGAGUGACUCUCAACUUGACUCUUCCGACUCUGGGAGAAAUUGAAAAGGAAUUCCAGGUCUUGCUACGAACCAGCCGAAUCCUAAUCCUGGUAGAUGCAGAUGUUGAAGCUUGCUGUCGUAGGAGGGGAAAAUGAGUGCAUGACCCAAUAGCAGCCUUAACUCGACAC